AACCUCCACACUACAGUAUGUCCCAUUCCAGGGAAUUGCUAGUUAGCCAGCUAGCUACAGCAUUAGUGCUAUAUGUGUGUGUCUAUGGAGAGCAGACAUGCAUGUAGCAGACUUCAUUGCCGGCUCCGUUGGAGGGGCAUGUGGAGUGGCAGUGGGAUAUCCUCUGGACACUGUGAAGGUGAGGAUACAGACACAGAGGAAGUUGGUUGGGAUUUGGCAGUGCAUCCACACCACCUGCAGGAACGAAGGGGUUUAUGGCUUCUAUAAAGGCAUGUCAAUGCCCAUCACUACAGUCUCGAUCAGCUCUUCUGUGGUGUUUGGCACAUACAGGAAUGUGCUUCAGGUCUUGCACCACCUGCGGGGCAAAACUGAAGAUGCCCCACGUGCCAAACAGGACAUUUUUCUAGCAGGAUUCGCUGGGGGGGUUGCUCAGGUUUCUGUAAUGUCUCCAGCAGACAUUGUGAAAGUGCGACUUCAGUGUCAGACCCAACUUUAUCAAGGAUCUGAUCUCAAAUCCAGGCCUAAAUAUCACGGGCCUGUACACUGUCUUUUUACUAUUGCACGUGAGGAAGGAAUGCUGGGCCUUUACAAGGGAGCAGGAGCCUUAGCGCUAAGAGAUGGUCCAUCUUUCGCCACCUACUUCCUGGUCUAUAACACUGUCUGUGAUUGGCUGUCUCUUGAAAAGAACGCUCAGCCAGAGUGGAAAGUGGUGAUGCUUGCUGGAGGAAUCGCAGGAAUGUGUGCCUGGAGUGUCGGGACCCCCAUGGACGUGAUAAAGGCUCGCUUACAGACCGAUGGCAUGGGCAAGAAGCACUACCGAGGAUUUCUCCACUGCAUAACAAAGAGCAUCCGAACCGAAGGACCCGGCGUUCUUUUUAAAGGCCUCACGCUGAAUUGCGUACGCGCCUUUCCGGUCAACAUGGCCGUCUUUGCCAUGUAUGAGCUGGUCAUUCGCCUUUUACGAACAAACUCGUAGGUCAUUCCACUUGCUUAUAUUUAUUACUUAUAAACAGAAAUACACUCCAUGAAGGUGUGAGUGAGUUCGGGGCAAAUCAAUCUUGACUGAGAGUUUAAAUGUAUUUUUGGUAUUAAUUUUCAUCGAAUUGACGUGCAGUGACUACCUCUACUAAAGUUUAAUAUAAUUAUAAUUAGGGCUGCAAAGGGGCGGAAAAUAUCCGUUAAAUUUCCAUGGGAACUUUAUCUGUCGAAUUUUGGGAAAUAUUCCAAGUUGAAACUUACCGGGAAUGUAUGGGACUGUAUCAACUGUAUCAUAUACAAAUAUAAACAUUUUGUUUCUUCAUAAGCUGACAUGCAUGCGAACUAAUACAGAUUUUUAAAAAACGAAAUUUUUGAGUUUGGUAAAAUUGUUAGUAUAAUUUUGUUGCACAACAGCUUACACACAGCACAAGGAAGUUUUACACAUAAAUGUAUGUAAUAUUUAUGUAAUGUACGUAAAUACUCGCUAAGAUGGACAUUUUCUGACAUUAUUUUGUGUGCAUGAUGUGUGCCUCAGUAGCCCUGCAGUAAGUGUGUGGUGUGUGCAUGUGAUGUUGUAUGUGCAGGAUAGAAAUUUAACUCAAAUUGCAUUUAUUAAGGUUGUUUUAACCAGGAUUGUCCUGCAAGAUUUUCUUUUCACCUACAUUCAAGUUCCCUGUGAUCAGCCAACCUGCAGUUCUGUAGAUUCCCGGUUUAUUCCCAUUAAUUCCCAUGGAAAGUUUCCAGUCUUUCCAGUCUAUAAUUAGUCAACCCUAAUUAUAAUACUCUAUUUAUUUUUCGUUUGUUAAAGCAUUGUGUACAUGUAAAUAAAUGUGUUUGAUCAUUUUCUGGUGAAACUAACACUCAUAUUUGAAUCAUACAUGCGAAUUGUGAAGGAUAAAAAAUGACAAAAGUACAUACAUACACAAGUUUCGGUCAAUUAAAAAGCACAAUUAAAUCAGAAAUAAUGUCAUUUCUUAAUUACAAAUCUAAAUAACAAUAAAAUACCUGCAAAUGUGCACAAAAAUGUUAUAAAUGUUU